AAAUGUAGAGUUGUCGGCAAAUUAAGAAAAAACAGGUUUUUAACCAGAGGAAACUGUAGAAGAGCAAUAUUUCAAGUCACAUAUUUAUCAAAAGCCGGAAACUGUGAAAAUGAUUGCGGGGAAAAUGCCGUUCUCAGAAAAGGAAAAUGUAGAUGUCCAAAAGGCUAUACAGGAGAUCCAAAGAAAAAAUGCUCAAAAAUGUGUAGAUGUGUAUCCGCUGGAGAUCCUCAUAUACGAACAACAGAUGGCGCCAUGCUUCAUGUGAUGGGUGUUUGUAAAUAUAUUUUGUCCGCACUGAAAGAUACCACAGAUCCUUGUGCCUACACUGUUGAAACAACAACAGAAAAACGUAAUUCAAGACCUGUCUCUUAUAACAAGAGGGUAGAUUUUACAAUUGGAAACGUUGUUUAUAGUAUUUUGAAAGGAAGUGACGUUAUGAUUGAUGGACAAAUGGUCGGUGUGCCACAAAAUCUUGAUGCAGAGAAUAUAGUUAUUACAAGGGAAGAAAGAUCUAUUGUGAUACGUCAUACCAAAUGUGAAAUUGAUGUAAGUUAUGAUGGUAGACAUAAAAUAAUGAUUCAAGCUCCAUUUAGUACAUACAGUGGUCGUGUUACUGGAAUGUGUGGAAAUUGCAACAGCGAUAAAGAAGAUGACUAUAUGGACGGUGACGGAAAUCUUGCUAAACCACGUGUACUGCAUUAUCGAUUAGGGCAAAAAUGGAAAUCACCAGGUGAAAGUUGUCAAGAUGAACAACCUCUGGCUACGUGUCCUGACAAAGCAACAAAAGAAGCUGAAAAAAUGGAUAAGUGUGGACUGCUCAAUUCUAAAAAUGGUCUAUUCAAAGAAGCUUUUGACGAAGGUUUUGACCUGUCGGGUUAUUAUGGAAGCUGUGUAUUUGAUGUCUGUGAAAACCUCGACUUAAAUUUACACUGUCAAAUACUUGAAGAUGCUGUUUAUACUGCUAGCCAGUCUGAAAUAAGAAUUGAUCUUGUGAAGUGGAGAGAACUUACAAAUUGUCCUUUGAAAUGCGAUACAACAUUUGUGGAAUCUGACAAAGUUACCUGUAUUCCGAGUUGUAUGGAUACUGAGGCAGAUAAAAGUUCCGAAUGUUCCACAGCUCCAUAUAAAGGGUGCACAUGUGCAUCUGGAAAAGUUGAAAAAGAUGACAGCUGUGUAGAUUUAGCUGAAUGUAGGGCUUGUUCCAUUGAUAUAGACACACGCAAUGUGAAUGUGUUUGUUGGUGACACAUAUCCAUAUCAAUCUGAAUGUGGUAAUUAUCAGCAAUGUGUUGAUAAAGAUGGUGAACAAGCUCUUAUCGAAAAAACUGAUGUUAAAUGCACUGGGGAAAAACAAGAGUGUAGAAUGGAAGACGGAACUAUGAAAUGCAUGUGUGUUGAAGGAUUUGAACAAGAUAUUGAUGAUCCUUCCAAAUGUAUAGAAAAACCUAAUCAAGAGGAUCAAGCAUCACCGCUAAAUGAAGAGGAACCCACUGUUCCUGCAUCUUGCAAAAAAGACAUAAUUGUUGAAUGUACAGCUAAGAGCAGAAAAUGGAAGUCUUGUAAAGUCGUAGCAUCGGAUCUGAAGAGAGUUAGAGUCAUUGAGCCUAUAGAGGGUUCAUGUAAUGAUAACGAAUACAGAUUAAUAAAAAAGAAGAAUGCCGUUCAAGUUCAAAAUAAAUGUUCUGGAAAAUUCAAAGUCACUUAUAGUAUUAAAGACUGUGAAGAACCUGAACCUGAACCUGAACCUCUAACUGAAACACCAACACAAGAGGAAGAGGAAGAGGAACCAACUCUUCCUGCAUCUUGCAAAAAAGACGUAACAGUUGACUGUACAGCUGAAACUAAAGGGUGGAAAUCUUGUAAAGUUCAAGCAUCAGAUCUUGAAAGAGUUGUAAGAGUUGAGCUUUUGGAAGGUUCAUGUAAAAAGAAAGAAUACAGAUUAAGAAGGAAGCAGAAUGACGUUAGAGUUAGAAAUAAAUGUUCUGGAAAAUUUAAAGUCACAUAUCGUAUUAAAGGCGCAAAACCAGAAAAAGAACCAAGAAAUGUUAAAGAAAAAAGUAAAACUGCCUGUUAUAAUAAGAGAAUGGUUAUAAGGUGUAGAGGCAGAAGGCGUAUUAAGAUCUUGAGUGCAUUUUAUGGUCGAGCUGACAAAGAUACGUGUAAUGACGGAAGCGCUCAAACAACAGGUUGUUUGAAAGAGGAUGCCGAGGCAAUUGUUCAGAAGAAAUGUGAUGAGAGAAAACGAUGUAGACUAAAAGCAAACAAAGCAUUUUUUGGUGAUCCAUGUCCAAACACCUCUACGUAUCUUGUUGUCAGAUAUACAUGUGUUGGAAAGAACAGGGAAGAUCGAAAGAUUGAAUUAAGAAGGAUAAGGAAAGAAAGGAGAAAUAAACGUAGAAAAAGUGGUUCAGGUUGUCGUUGUACUGGAUCUGGUGAUGUUCAUUAUUACGAUUUUAAUAACAUCAAAUCGGAUAUCCAAGGAAUAUGUAAAUACACGUUUUCUAGGUCCACAGAGGAAUUUCCAUACGAAAAGUGUAAAUGGAACAUUGAAGUCAAAAAUGAACGUAGAGGAACAAAAACCUCGGUGUCCUACACCAAAAUGGCGGACGUUACAAUAUGUGGUGAAAAAAUUAGAAUAAUGAAAGAUCGUGUAUUCAUGGUGGGUAACUUGGAAGUUUCAUCAUUAGCGCACAACAUCGAAAAUUGUGGAAUAAACAUUCGAAAAGAAACUAGAGAACUAGAAAUAUAUUCAGAAGAAUGUGACAUACGUGUUAUAUGGGAUGGGAAGUCAAGAAUAGAACUUGAUGUCCCUAAGAACUACUCACAGUACGCAGAGGGAAUAUGUGGUGAUUGUACAGACGGUAACCGGUUUAUGCUAAGAAACGGAACUGACGUUUCAACUGUACCUAAAAGACAAAGAGAUGUUCUCUGGGGACAAGAAUGGGAAGUUAUUGAUGAUUCUGGAGAAGAACUUGAAGAAUGUCCUGUAUCACUGCCUGUAAAAGAAUGUACUGAAGAGCAGAACAAAAUGUUAGCAACUGAUAAAUAUUGUGGACUAAUAAAUCCAGAUCGACAAGAAGGGGUGACACCAUUUGCUGAUUGUUUACAACGCGAUGAAAAAAUUGCAAAGGAGCUAUUUGAUGCUUGCAUUGUAGAUGUUUGUAUGAACUUAGGAGGCCCAUAUGAAAAAGAGGCACUUUGUCUUGCCAUAGAUGCAGUGGCACAGAAUUGUAGGAAAAAUGACUUUAAUUAUGAUGAGUGGCGAAAAUCAGACUUUUGUCCAAUGAAGUGCGAUGAACAUUCAACAUAUAAGUUCACCUCAAACUGUCCAGCAACCUGUGAAAACAAAAAUCCAACUGAAGAAGAUUGUGAUUUACCAGCUGUUGAAGGCUGUGUAUGUGACGAAGAUUAUUAUCUAGAUGACAAGAAAUGUGUCCUGGAAAGUCAGUGUGGAUGUAUUGCUGAUGAUAAUGAGUACUAUAAGAUUGGUGCUAUUAGACGAGAAGACGACUGCACACUUGAGGAACAGUGUACGGCUGGUGGCGAGAUGCAAACAGUUUGGAAAAGUGAUGGAUGUCAUGAGAAUGGAUGGUGUGUUGUCAAAAAGGGCAAAUAUGAAUGUGAAUGCAAACCUAAUUAUCUUGGAGAUGGGCGUGAAAAGUGUGAUGAAAUUCCAGCUUCUUGUAUAAAGAAUGAGAAAGUUUUUGUAAAGUCAAGACGUUGUAAACCCCAUAGAAAAAACAGAAGGAUUAUGGAAUGCAAAAUUCAGAGUGCUGAAAAAAUCAUAAAUGUUAGCUUGGAUCCAGAAAGACCCAGAAAAAAUAAAGGUAAAAAGAGGCAAGGAAAGAAGAAAGGAAGAAAGGGAAAGGGAAAGGCUCAAAAGAAACGUCAACAAAAGAAAAGGAGAAGAAAUCGUCGUAACAAAUGUAGAUUCAUCAGACAGAGAGGAAACAGGUUCUUGAUUAGAGGAAACUGUAGAAGGGCAAUAUUUCAAGUCACGUAUUUAUCAAAAGGCAGAAACUGUGCAAACGAUUGUGGUGAAAAUGCCAUCUUUAAAAAUGGUAGAUGUAAAUGUCCAAGAGGUUACACUGGUGAUCCAAGGAAAAAGUGUUCAGAACUAUGCACCUGUAUAUCAUCUGGAGAUCCUCACACAAGGACAUAUGACUCUGCCGUUGUACAUCACAUGGGUGUAUGUAAAUAUAUUUUAUCAGCGCUGGAAAAUAUCCAAAAUCCAUGUGCCUUCAGAGUUGAAACUACAACAGAAAAACGUAACGAUAGACCAGUUGCAUAUAACAAGAGAGUAGAUUUUACAAUUGGGGAUGGUGUAUAUAGCAUUCUAAAGGGUGGUGAGGUUAUGUUUAAUGGAAUGUCAGUAAGUGCACCUCAAAACUUUGAAGAACAGAAUAUAGAAAUAACAAGAGAAGCAAGAUCUAUUCAUAUUCGACACACAAAAUGUGAAAUUGAUGUCAGUUUUGAUGGAAGACAUAAAGUAAUGAUUCAAGCUCCAUUUAGUGCAUACAGUGGUCAGUUCAUUGGGAUUUGUGGUAACUGUAAUAGAGAUAAAAAUGAUGACUAUAUGGACCGCGAAGGAAAUCUUAACAAACCACGUAAAUUUCACUAUCGUAUUGGAAAAAGUUGGGAGUCACCUGGUCAAAGUUGUCCAAGUGAAACUCCUCUUGUCGAUUGUACUGACAAAGCGACAAGGGAAGCCAAGAAAACAAGCAGGUGUGGACUCCUUGAUUCUCAAAACGGCUUAUUUAAAGAGGCUUUCAAAUCGGGACUUGAUCUGUCAGCUUUUUAUUCAAGCUGUGUAUUUGAUGUUUGUGAAAAUCUCGACACAGCUUUACACUGUCCAAUAUUGGAGGAAGCCGUUUUCUUUGGAAGCCAGAACGGAGUGAGAAUUGAUUUGUUGGAGUGGAGAGAAGUUACUGAUUGUCCUUUGAAAUGUGCUGAAUCAUUUGUGCCAUCUGACAGUGUAACUUGUAUUUCAAGUUGUAUGAAUACAAAAGCAGAUAAGAGUUCCGACUGUACGACAGCUCCAUAUCAAGGUUGCACGUGUGAAUCUGGAAAAGUUGAUAAAGAUGACCGCUGUGUUCCGGAAAGUGAAUGUGUUGGCACCUGUAAAGUACAGGAUGAUAAAACAUUUAUUGAUGUUGAGGUGGGCAAAACAUUCCCAACUAACUCUGAAUGUGGCUCUUACUCUAGCUGCGAAGAUGUCGAAGGAACACCUACUGUAAAAGUUUUUGUGGAUGUUAAAUGCCCUGGAAAUAAUAAGGAGUGUAAAACCAUUGAUGGUUCAAGAGUUUGCGGGUGUUUAGAUGGAUAUGUAAGCGAUCCUGAAUCUCUAAAUUGUAACGCACAAAAAAUCAUUGAAGAAGAAGAACCAAUAAUUGAUGGUGGUUGGACGGAUUAUGGAGACUGGUCAACUUGCACAAAAAGUUGUGGUACUGGAGAAAGUGUAAGAACAAGAACCUGCACAAAACCAACUCCAGCCAAUGGUGGUAAAAAUUGUGAAGGGAAAUCUCAAGAAAAGACACCUUGCAAUACAGCACCAUGUCCAGAACCUGAAAAUUCCCCACAAGAAACACAGCCUCCAGAACUACCAUCACCCACACCUCUAGUACAGCCAACACAAGCACCCGAACCUCAACUAUUGCCUACACCAGUACCCGAACCUCAAGUACAGCCAACACAAGCACCCGAACCUCAAGUACAGCCAACACAAGCACCCGAACCUCAAGUACAGACAACACAAGCACCCGAACCUCAAGUACAGCCAACACAAGCACCCGAACCUCAAGUGCCUGGUGGUUGGACAGAUUAUGGAGACUGGUCACCUUGCACAAAAACUUGUGGUACUGGAGAAAGUGUAAGAUAUAGAACCUGCAGUAAACCUGCUCCAGCUAAUGGUGGAAAAGAAUGUGAAGGGAAAUCUCAAGAAAAGAAACCUUGUAAUACAAAGGAAUGUCCAGGUCCAGAAAUUACAAAUCCAUUCGAAGAAGAAGAUCCAUUUGGACCUAAGUUUCCAUGGACACCGGGAAAAACUCCAGAGUCUAAUGAUCUUCUAAUAUGCACUCUUCUUGCCAAAAACCGUGCGAGUUUAUUUGAUGGAUCUUAUACAAACAUUGGUGAUCCUACUAAGGCAUGUAGCUACAAGGCACCAUUGACUAGCAAUUUUGAUUCUUAUGAUGAAUGCAGUUUUGAUGUAUCAGUUAGCAUGGGAAUUGCAGCAAAUGCGAGAAUGAGUUAUUUGAAAUACUCUACACCCGAAGAAGUAUUUGUUAUUAUAAGAGGUUACACAAUUGUUAUGGGACAGGAUAACAGUGUAAAGGUGAAUGGUGCGGACAUCCAGCUACCAUAUACAAAUGAUGGCAAUCGUCUUUUCAUCACUUAUAUUGGAGGACGAUUACAGUUGUCCCAUAUAUGUGGUUUGAUUGUUCUGUUUAAUAGACAUGCUGUAGAUGUUUUGGUUUCUAAAAUAUACGCUGAAACUCUGGAGGAAUCACCUAUUUGUGGAAACAGUAAAAAACAUAAGGAAUUUGUACCAAAAACCAUCGAGUGCGUUGGUGGUGCUAACUGUAGACUCCCAGCCUUUAUCAGAUGUAAGGAUUUCCCUACAAACAAUGAAGGUCCAUUUACAAAAUGUAGUCAGUAUAUAGAAGCAAACGCCAAAGAUCAUUGUGGUGAUGUGUCUUGUGGAUUAACUAGUAUAACGUGUGAUUUAUCACGUUCUUAUAUGACACGUUGUGCACUUCGCAUGAAGGAUAAACCAUUUAAAUACUGGAGUACUACAGAUUAUACAGCUACUUGUCCUAUGCCUACAUGUGAAGCAUCACAACAAAAGACGUUCAAAGACAGUACUACUGCUUGUCCUGCAACAAUUAAUGACCCUAAUGGGCCGAAAAUAUGUGUGCUCCCUAAUGUCAGUAUGUGCGAAUGUAAUGAUGGGUAUGCAUGGGAGAAUAAUGAUUUUGAUAAUGGAAAAUGUGUACCUACUGGCGCUCAACCUGAAAAUUCACCACAAGAAACACUGCCUCCAAUGCCACCAUCAACCACACCUGAAGAACAGCCAACACCAGCACCGGAACCUCAAGUACAGCCAACACCAGCACCGGAACCUCAAGUGUUGCCUACAACACCUCAAGAAUCUCCAUCAGAAGAGAAUGGUGGUUGGUCGGAUUAUACGUCAUGGGGGGAAUGUUCUAAAUCUUGUGGAGGUGGAACGCAAUCAAGAACUAGAACCUGUACUAAUCCAGCUCCUUCUGCAAACGGUAUGGGUUGUAUAGGUGAUGAUGAGCAGACUCAAAGUUGUGGCACAGACAAAUGUCCAGUGAAUGGUGGUUGGUCGGAUUAUACGUCAUGGGGGGAAUGUUCUAAAUCUUGUGGAGGUGGAACGCAAUCAAGAACUAGAACCUGUACUAAACCUGCUCCAUCUAAUGGUGGUAAGAGUUGUGAAGGUGGUGCCACGGAAACUAAGGCUUGUGAGACAAACAAAUGUCCAGUGGAUGGAGGUUGGUCUGAUUACACUUCAUGGGGAAAAUGUUCUAAAUCUUGUGGAGGUGGAAUGCAAUCAAGAACUAGAACCUGUACUAAACCUGCUCCAUCUAAUGGUGGUAAGAGUUGUGAAGGUGGUGCCACGGAAACUAAGGCUUGUGAGACAAACAAAUGUCCAGGAGAUUGUAGUCAAUCUAGUGAGUGUCAUACAGAUGGUGUUUGUGAUAAUGGGAGAUGUAAAUGUAAAGAAAACUUUAAAGGAAAUGGUUAUAGUGAUUGCAAACAAAUCUGUUUUGACGAUAAAUGUGCCAGGUUCGCUUCAUGUAAAAAGGGCAAGUGUCAGUGUAAUAGGGGUUAUGUAGGUAGAGGCGAAAGGAAAUGUAAACUGAAAUGUGGUAGAAGGAAAUGUCAUGCUGAAGCUAAAUGCCAAAAGAAGAAGUGUGUUUGUAACAGUAAAUUUCCUUAUGGUAAUGGAAUCAACAGGUGUGCAGAAACAUGUAAAGGAAAGAUAUGUGUUAAAGAUGGUAUCUGUCCUAGAAAUAAAUGUGUUUGCAGGAGAGGACACUAUGGAAUUAGAGAUAAGAAAGGAGAUAUUACUGAAUGCAGAAAGUUAUGUAGGAGGAAGAGAUGUGACCGUGAUGCAACAUGUAAAGGCAAGGGAUGGAAUAGAGAUUGUGUAUGUAAUGCUGGCUUUAUUGGAAAUGGAAAGAAAUGUGAAGAAAAAUGCACCUGUGCAGCUUUUGGCGAUCCAACCAUUCUUAGAUUUAGCAAUUCUGCACUUCCGUUUGCUGGAGAGUGUAAAUACACUUUGUCAAAACUACUGAUGCCUAGGAACCGAUGCAUGUUUAAUGUUGAAGUAAAUUAUGAGAAAGGGAAUAAAAAAUCUGAUGGCGCAUCCAGUGUGAGCUUUGUUACACUUAACAUGUAUGGAAUAUCUGUACAACUUGGACCAAAAUUGGAAGUCAGGAUAGACCGUGAAUUAGUUUCUCUUCCAUACCACACGAAAAAAAAUACUUUAUUUAUUCGAACCAUGGGCUUAAAUGUUCUUGUUGAAACAAAAUGCUCCGUUGAAUUACAAUGGAGUGAAGCAGGAAUGGUUAUCUUAUCUUUACCAAAAAGAUUUGGUAAACGAGUGGAAGGUCUUUGUGGACAAUGUAAUGGAAACAAAAAUGAAUGGUUACUUAAAGACAAGACCGACGUUUCCAAAGAUAAUUUGAAGUUUUCAAAGAUUGGGGAUAGUUUUGCUGUAGCAUCAGCAUCUGCAACAGGAAGUUGCAAAACGAGUGAAACUCCAACAUGUAAAGUGAAAGCCCGUGUAUUGAAGAGGACAUGUGGAUUUUUCAAAAAGCGAUCAUUCAAGAAAUGUAAAGCAGCAAACAAAGAACUUUUUGAAAUCCUCAUGGCAGCAUGUCGUCGGGAUUAUUGUGCUAACUACAAAGAUAAGCCAGUGAUGAAGGAAGUUAGCUGUAGAAGUGAAAAUGCAUUAUAUACAAUGUGUCAUUUCUAUGGAUUUGGUGGAAUAAGAUGGAGAAGUGGAAAGUGCAGGAAGAAGAAAUGUGACAGGAAAACGGAGAGAUGGGCUGUGAGAGCAAGUGCCUGUCAAAAUAACUGUGUACAAAGAAGUAUAGCCAGGAGAUGUUUCCGUCCUAGGAUUGAAGACUGUGUUUGCAGAAAUGGACAUAUCCGUAGUGGCAAUAAAUGCGUUAAGCUUUUGAGAAAGAAAAAGAGGUUUUCAAAUUGUGGAUGUAAUAGGAAUGGACUAUAUAUCAAGAGUGGUGGAAUUUUGCGAUCAAAGGAUUGUAAAACCGAAUUCACAUGUAAACCAGGCAACAAGAAAGGAACACUUAAAAAAACCAAGAAGAAUGUUAAGUGUCACAGAGAUGGGUAUUGUGGUAUACAUGCUGGAGAAAGAUCAUGUGUUUGUCUGCCUAGUUUCUUAGGAAAUGGAAUAGAUUCUUGCACUCCUGCAAGUAACUGUGACUUCAAGGAGGACACAGAAGAUUGUGUUAAUACAAUCCGAAUGAAAGGGGAAUGUUUCUACAGAUCUAUACACAACAACGAGUGUAAAUAUCAUGUAACGAUGGGUAAAAACAACUUCAAUGAGGACAUCACUUUUGCGUCUUUUAAAACUGAAAAGGGACUAUUGAAGAGGCAGUUGAAACCAGGUCAAAAGUUCAAUAACUGUGCAAAGGUGUCAUUGAAUAAAGAUGGAUAUGUCACUAUUGUAGAGAAGAUAUGCGAGUGCCCUAAAGAUCAUCCAUUGAAUAUUAAGAAGUCGAGUAGUAAGAAGUCGAGUAGUAAGAAUUCGAAAAUUGAGAAAUUACGUAGUAAGAGGCGUAGUUAAUUGUACUUUUAUUUGAUUUAAAUUUCUGAUUAUAGAAUAAAAUGUACUAUGUCUAAUUAAACUCAUCAUAGAUACCAGGA